CUUAAAGAGCCGGUUGUGUUUAAUUUCCCUGAAAGUGAUCGAAUUUUACAAGAAGGUCAAAGAAAAAUGAGCCUUAUCCCUUUUGACAAGAUUAUUAUUCUAGCAAAAAGCCAACCAAUAACCCUUACACAUUCUAUUGAAGUAUUUUGCGAAAAAAUAGAUCUUUCACGAAUUCAAAAUAAAGAUUUUCAAGCAAUUAAUGGUAGCUAUGGAUCUUCACCAGCCGCUACUGCUUCAGUGCUUUUACAUGCCCAGAAAUGGGAUGAUAAAGCAUUUGAAUUUUUGGAAAAGAUAAUUUCGAAAUGUCCAUCUUAUGCAAAAGAUCAUGGCCUUGUUCCUACUAUAUGCGAUGUAGGAUUAUUUGAAACUAUUUGGAUGAUGCAUUCUAUUGGAGAAUUAUGCCUAAAUAUUCGUGCAAACAAGAAAAUUAGCCUUAAGCGCAAGCAUAUAUCAAUAAAAAAACUUUUCUCCAAGAAUCUUACAAUUAUUAAAUAUUUAUCUGCAUUAAACAAAGAACAUGGUGGAACUAUUAGAUGGACUAGUUGGGACAAUAAAAUACCGAAAGACGCUGACGAUUCAACUGUGUGUAAUUGGCUUAUUAAGAAGUUCGAUUCUGAUAGUGCA